GAGCAGCCUCCGGCAGCCGGCGAGGAGAAUGGGCGUGCGGGGCGCCAGGCCGCCACGGGGGGUCACGGCCGCGGCGCAGCCUGCGGGGCGCGGGUCCGGCGCCCGCCGCUUUUAAACCCAGGAGGGCGCGGCGGCGGCAGCUGGCGGAUCGCGGCGCGCGGGGCGCCCGGGCGGCUGCUGAAUGGAGAGGAAGGGCUCGGCGGCCGGGGCCAGGGGGAACCCCAGCCCGUCCGCGGCCGGCGAGGGGCAGCGGCCACCGCCGCCGCUGUGCGUCCCGGGCGGCGGCGGAGGGGCCCCACCGCGGGGCCAGGCUGGGGCGGCGGCCGAACCGGCCGAGCUCAUCCGGCGCGCGCACGAGUUCAAAAGCCAAGGGGCGCAGUGCUACAAGGACAAAAAAUUCCGCGAAGCCAUUGGCAAAUACCACCGGGCACUGCUGGAGCUGAAGGGACUGCUGCCGAACCCCGGGGAACGGGAGCGGGACUCGCGCGCGGCCUCCCCGGCCGGGGCCACCAAGCCCGGCCGCCUCUCGGAGGAGCAGAGCAAGACGGUGGAAGCCAUCGAGGUCGACUGCUACAACAGCCUGGCAGCCUGCCUGCUGCAGGCUGAGCUUGUAAAUUAUGAACGAGUCAAAGAAUAUUGCCUCAAAGUACUGAAGAAGGAGGGAGAAAACUUCAAGGCCCUUUACCGGUCUGGUGUGGCUUUCUAUCACCUUGGGGACUAUGACAAAGCACUCUACUACCUGAAAGAAGCAAGGACCCGACAACCCACAGAUACCAACGUGGUUCGGUAUAUCCAGCUGACGGAGAUGAAGCUCAGCAGAUGCUCCCAGAGAGAGAAAGAAGCCAUGUAACUGGGAAGCCUCUCCAGAGCUGCACCCACAGCUGACCAGGGACUUCCAGGCAGCUCCUGCUGGAGAGCCCCUUCCUGGGUUUUGUCCCUUUCUCCCCACUUCUUACAACACCCUCUUUUUUUUUCUUCCUAUUGCGCCCCAACUCUUUCCCAGAGUGAAAAGAAAGAGAAGUGCAAAUUUGGAAUCUGGCAGGUUGCCCAGACAAUGGAAACAUCCUCUUCUCUAGCAAGUUGGCAGCUGAGAGGGCCCUAAUUUCUGCUGGGACAGCUGGAGAGGGGUCUUAUGGGCUGGGAAUGCCCCCAUGGCUUCUGACAGAGGGAGAGCCUGGCAGGUGUAUCAUCACAAAAGCAGCAGGCUCAGAGCUGGACCCUUCCACACAUUCCUGACAGAGCAGAGCAUCAAAAGACAACUGUUAUGAAUCCAGGAACGAGGCAAACACCAGAAGCAACGGGCCAGCUGAUGCAGAGUGUGAAUUUGCAGGCUGAAGUCCCCAAGCCCUUGGGGCUCCCCCUCCCGCCCUCACUGCCUUGCCUUGUGUUUUUCCCUCUUCUCCUAGGGGAUCCAAGACUCUGCCAGGAUUUACAUGCCACUGAAGCCCACUCUUAGUGCCCUUUGGUGACCACUCAUACCAGUCUCCCAUCCUCCCACCCAGCAGGCAGCUGUGACCGCAGAAGGACAGGGUGAAAUGGGCCGACAUUUGGGGCAGGAUAGCUGUGUAGGUGAUGUGGGAAGGAGAGAGAACACCCCGGGUGGACAUGGGGAGAGCAGUGUUUAGGCUGGGGUAUUGAACUGUGGACUAAUUAAGUGUAAAUAAAAACAAAUUAAUAGGCAGCAGUUCCUGUGAUUUCUGAGGGAAGCAGCCCCACAUCCUCACUUUUACUCUCACCCUAACCCUCAGUCAGAGCUUCUUACCGCCAGACAGGUUGGGACUUCCCCCAAAGCAAUUGGCCAUUUGUCCAGUGGCAUACAAUGUGGGCUGUAGCCUUUGUGUUUUUAAGAGUGGGCUGGGAAUAUGGAGACUGUCCAGGGGCUUGGCUUUUGGGGAAUUUGUAUAACCUUUUCUUGAUGAAAUUAUCUGGACUCAGUGUCUAGCACGUAGAAUAUGUUCCAAAAAUAUGUGUUGAAUGAAUAAGUUACGACUGCAGACUGGCUCUCCUGCCUUAAACUACUUUCAUCCCAGCCUAGUCUCCUGGUACCUGUGCUCCUUACACUACACCAUAUUGCUUCAGUCCAAACAGCAGGGCUUCUUGUCUGCCCGCUCCUGCGCAAUACGCUGUGGGACACAGGAUGUGGUCCUCGUCUCUGAGGAGGUGGAAUAGUCGAGAACUGCACAUGAGGAGACUACCAAUGACACCUUUAAUUUAUAUGAUGCUUUAAAAUUUUCAAAGCACUUUCAUGUAUUUUCCGUGUGGCUAGUGGAAAAGACAAUACUGUACAAAAUUAAACUAUAUACAGAUGCAAUAAUGUUAAUAGUUAGGAUUUAUUAAAUGCACUGUGUUCAGAUCUUUACAUGUAUAAUCUCAUUUCUUUCAUGAAAUGACUGUAUGAAAUGCUAGUCUCAUUGUGAUGGAUGAGAAAACUGAAAACCAGAAAAAUCAACUAUGCUAAGGUUGCAUGGCGUUCAGUGGCAUAGCUAGAUUUGAACCAGCUCUGUCUGGCUCCAGAGCUCUUGCUACUAACUAUUUUAUGCUUAUUUUCCUCUCCAUGAGUAUCAUAUUGGGCACUCACAACUGUUCGAGAACAAGACAAUAUAUAUUAACUUGAAAAGGGUUCACCAUGUCAAGAGUGGUGCAUGGGCCUCCUCUUGUAUAUAUCCAAGGCCAAAAAAAGACCAGAGACUAGAAACCCUCAUGGUCAAAGCAGUGACCAGCCAGGAAAAGACAACUGAGACCCAAUUUCUGUGCAUGGUUCAUUGUUUGUGGUCAUGAGGCCUGCACAUAUCCUACCAACUCACCUAACAUUCCUCACUAGCACUGGGAAAGGGUAACAGUUACCGGUAGAGACGGAAAGGAAACAUAAGAGUUAAUUAUGAGCUAUUUGUUUAAGCAGAGGCUUCACCACCACAGGAGCCAAUCACUGUUGAGGGGCCCAGAAGCCAGCAACACAGUUUAUAUUAAAAGGCUUUAAUGGGUGCUGCAAGAAGGUAGCUAGACAUAUUUAGGGGCCCACAUUUGCUCACCCUCCUCUUCAGGAGAAGAGGAAAAGGAAAAAUCUGUUUCGGCUGCCACAGUCUCUUUCACUCCUACCAUAUCCUUCUCUCUGCCCUCUUUCUCCAAAAUGGCCUCACCUGACCCUAAUGCAAAGCUCCCCUGAGGCCUUUCACAAGCAUAUGUGCAAAACUCUCCCAUCUCCAAGCCUUCAGCCCAGAAGGUUCAUGAGUUGGCAAUCUUCAUCUGCAGGUGAAGAUGAGGUCAGAGGUGGCCUGCAGAUCCAUUUCAGACUGACAGGGUCUUUCUUUGGUCAUCAAAGAAAGGACAUCAGCAAGGACUCAGAGUAAUUAUUCUCAACAUGGAAGCCAGAGAGAAGUCUUACUUAAAUGGGUAUUGUGGGCUAGGCUGGACAGUUGGGGAUACAACUGUUCCCAUCCCAAGGAGAAAGCUUAAAAAAUAAAAUGAGGUGAGGACAACCUCUAGGAACCAGUGUACAGGCCAUCUGCUUGUCUGGUGAAUUAGAUAUACAUGCUUAUUGAAACUCCAUUCACUGUGACCUGAAGAUAAAUGAUCCCAAAGAAAAAAGCUACCUGGGGUAUCGGUUGCUGUCUGGGAUGGUAGUACUGAAUUUUCCAUGCAUUUGUCCGACAGAGACUUCAGAGAGCUCUUAACGCCCAUGAGGUCCAUUCUCCUUACCAAAUCUGUGGCUUUCUUCUCCCCACCCUGCCCCCAAACAAGGACUGUGAUUUACUUACACACUUUGUGGGUGUCACUGCUGAGCUAUCUAUAGACCGAGUACUAACCAUGGACCUGACCUGCAAUGUCAUCUCCUGCCUGGACUUUUGUGUUAAGACUUUAAGGGAAAGACUUAACUUUUUGUUUAUUAUUACAAAAGCAUCACAUGUGUAUUACGGGAACUUUAGAUAAAAAUAAGAAAAAAAAGGACAAAAUCUAAUCCGAUCUAGUCCAUGAUUCUACCACCCAAGACUCCCUUUAAGUUCCUUUUGGUAUAAAUGGACACAUACACAUGCACAGUUGUGAGUUUUUUAAAUGAAAACUGGAUCACACUGUAUAUAGUCUUGAAUAACUUACUUUUCAAAAUGUGUAUUUAUAUUUUAGAAUAUGUAGUACAUACACAGAUUUGAAAAAACUCAAAAAGUACAAAAUGCUCCAUAGGCAGAAAUACAUCUCCUUCCUAGCCUGUCUGCUAACGUCUAGUUUCGCUGUAAUUUCUUCCAUAUCCUUCUGGAGAUGCUUACGCAUUUGCAAACAUAUGUGUAUAUAUAUUCUUUUAUCACGUGCUAACAGUAGUCUAUCACAUACUUUUGCUCUUUCUGUCACUCACUUGGUAUAUCGUGAACGUUUUCUGCAUGUCUCUCUCACUUCCAGCAGCAUCUUAAUUACAUGAGUGGACCCUCAUUUUGUAAUCAUUCACCCAAAUAAUAAUUAUUUCAUUUGUUCCCAGUCUUUAUUGUAAAUAAUGUUGCAACAGACAUUCUUGGAGUUAAAUUUUGCACACAUCUGUGACUAUUUCCUUAGGAUAAAAUCCAAGAAGGAAUUGCUUGGCUAUUUUUAAAACUUUUGAUACAUGUUGCCAACCACAGUCCAGAAAGUUUGUACCGAAACACUUUCCUAUUUGAAUCCUUGAGAGCUCCCUGUUCCUGCACCUUAAGGAUUAGGGUAUUAGCACUUAAUCAAAUCUUUACCAGCUUGAUAAUCAAAACAACUGUACAUCCAUGUUAUCUUAACUUGUUAUUUUAACUUUCUUUGAUUAUUACUGAAUAACAUUUUUCAUAUGCUCAUUGGCCAUUUGAACCUUCUUCUUUGUGAAAUUUCUAUCUGUUUAAUAUUGGUAUGUUUAUGAUCAAUUUGUAAUUUUGUUAAGAAUAUUAUUUUUGUCAACAAAUGCUACAAAUAUGCUUUCCAAGUGCUUUGCUUUCAAAUUUUGUUUUAUGGUGCUUUUUGACAUACAUAAAUUCUUAAUUCUGCAA